AGAAAUGAAUACUUCCUGUGUGAAAUUAGCUGUUAUAUGAAGUGCAGGUUGAUGACUUUAUGUUGUGAUGAUUUUUUAAAACGAAAGUAAUUAUUUAAAAUGAAUAUAAUUUUUAUGCGCAUUUUUAAGUAAACUUUCGAAGGAGUAUGAUUGCAUUUAUAAUUAAAUAAAUCGAAAAAUAAGUUAUUCAGGUUAUUCUCAACAUAAAAAAUGGUUAAACAACCAAAAAAAGGAAUUUUAGAUGGAGGAGAGGCUAACCCGGAACACAUUUAUAAACACAAAAAGAACAACCAUCACUCAAUCACCACAUUUGAUGCUUCUAUAUUAUGUUUUUACAUAGGAACACUUUUUGUAAUAACUAUGUAUAUAGAUAAACAACUUCCAAUUGGUUUAAAAUUAAUUGAUGAGCAAUCAAAUCCAGAUGCAUUUAUAGCUGAACGGGCCCAAAAAGAUUUACAAAAUUUAACAGAUUUAGGCCCAAGGGUUGUAGGUACCGCUGCGAACGAAAUUUAUGCAGUAAAAUUUUUACAAGACACUUUAACAGACAUCAAAGAAAAAGCAAAUCAAAUUCAUGAGAUUGAUAUUGAAACUGAAAUAGUUAGUGGAUCUUAUUAUUUAGAUUAUCGCCCAUUUGGAGGUUAUAACGCUUAUGGAAAUGUUCAAAAUAUUGUCGUUAAAUUAACCGGUAAAAAUCAGAAUUCUAAAGGAAUUUUACUAAAUUCGCAUUUUGAUUCCGUCCCUACAAGCCCUGGUGGUAGCGAUGAUGGUAUUAAUUGCGCUGCCAUGUUAGAAAUUUUACGAAAAUUAACACAAUCUCCAAGACAAUUAGAAAAUACAAUUUAUUUUUUGUUUAAUGGUGCUGAAGAAACACCAUUACAUGCAUCUCAUGGAUUUACAGCAAACAACAAAUGGGCGAAAAAUGUUGGUGUUUUAAUUAAUUUAGAGGCCGCUGGUUCUGGUGGGAAAGAAAUUUUAUUUCAAUCUGGCCCGGGUCAUUCUUGGUUGCUCGAUUAUUACAAAAAUGUUCCUCAUCCUCACGGACAAGCUGCUGGCGAAGAAAUUUUUCAAAGUAAUGUGAUUCCUUCAGAUACCGAUUUUCGAAUUUUUAGAGAUUUUGGUGGAUUAAUCGGUUAUGAUAUAGCGUUCGUACGAAAUGGAUAUAGAUAUCAUACGAAACAUGAUAAUUUCGAAAAUAUUCCGUUGGGAUCAUAUCAACACGUCGGCGAUAAUAUUUUGGAUUUAGUGAAAAGAUUGGGCGAUGCAGACGAAUUAAAUCUGAAUAAUUUUGGGUCAAAUAAUGAAAAAAAAUCCGUGUAUUUUGACAUUUUCGGAUUUUAUAUGAUAAGUUAUAAUGAAAUUGCUGCGGUUGUUAUUAACGUAUUGGUGACGGCGUUGUCGUUUAUGAUGUCGUCGUUAACUCUGGUUAAAUUUGGAUUGAGAAGGGAGAAAAAUGGAAAAAAAUAUUUCUUUUUUGUUGUUGGGAAAUUUCAAUUACUUAUAAUAGCUGGGUGGGUUUUAGCUGUAAUUUCAACGAUACUUAUGGGGGUAUUUUUAGAUUGGGUUAAUCAUACAAUGUCUUGGUAUUCGAAACCUUGGUUGUUAAUUGGUUUAUAUGUUAUACCUAGUUGUGUAUCUUGUUAUUUGCCAUUGAUGUUAUGGAAUAAAUUUAAAAGAAGAUCUAAAUUAGGAAUAAAUGUACAAAGUCAAGUUAUAAAUAUCUCAAACCGUUUAAUUUGGACCUUCCUCUUAUUCAUUGGAACUUAUCUUGGGAUACGAUCAUCCUAUGUUCUUAUGAUUCCAGUUUUAUUCAAUUCAUUAGCAUCGGCGAUUAUUUUUAUUUGUAAUCUUCAAUACUCAACCAAACUCUGGAGAUAUUUGUACUUAAUAGCAAACAGUCCACCCAUAAUGAUGAUUAUGUGCCAAGCGAUUUUGGUGUUAUCACUUUUUAUUCCUAUCACAAGUCGCAUAGGAAGCGAUAAGAAUCCAGAAAUUAUUAUUGGAAUUAUAACGUGUUUAAUAGUAAUAUUGAUUUCUUCGUUUUUCAUACAUUACAUUCCGUUAUUAAAAAAUUCUAAUAUUAUUUUUAUUCCAUUGAUUGUUACUUUUAUAACAGUUGGAUUAGUUUUUUCACCAAUUGGGUUUCCAUAUAGUGGUGAUAACCGUGUGCCAACACCACAAAGAUAUAUGAUCUAUCAUACAAAUAGAUAUGUUCAUGAUGAACAUCAAAAUGUAAUAAAAGAAGAUGCUGGAUUUUAUGUAAUAAACAUGGAUAGAAAUUCACCACAUGUAUUAAAACCUUAUAUGCCUGAUAUAGAAGAAUUCAAACUCAAAGUGGAUGAUUGUAAACAAGUAUUAGUUUGUGGUUUACCAUUGCCCUCACCAAGAGUAUUAGCUAUAAUGAGUGAACAAUUAUGGAUUCCUGGAUCAUCACAUUCACCAAACGCUGAAAGACCAAAACUUAUUGUAACAUCCAAGCAAUUAUCGCCAACAAUCCGAGAAUACCAAUGUAUUGCAAAGGGUCCUUCUCGUAUGAACAUAUUUUUCUCACCAACAUUGAAGUUAAUUAAGACAAGUUUGUCAGAUGUCGUUCCAGAAAAUGUUGCAACGUGGAAUAAUCGUUCCAUUUAUUUCAUUAAUUAUGUUACGGGCGAAUCCAGAAAAGAUUUGGAAUUUUCCAUUCAACUUGAAACUCCUAUUAAUUGGACACCAGAACCGGUUUUAACUAUAGCUUUAGCUGGUCAUGAAUUUCAUUAUGAUUCGAAGUUUGAGAAGUUUCUUAAAGAAUUUCCGUCAUGGGCUGACAUAAUUCCACUACAAUCUACUUUUGAAUCAUGGAUUUUUUAGAAAAAAAUUAGAUUUAAAUGUUAUUUUAUAGUUUUAUUUAUAUGAAGCAAUAAAGGUGUUUAAAUAAA